AUGUCGCGGAGCGGCGGCGCGCUGCUGCUGCUGCUGCUGCUGGCCGCGCUGCUCGGCGCCCCCGCGGGCGCGCAGCCGGCGGGCGAGGCCGCCUGCCGCCCGGUCCGCGCCGCCUUCCAGGUGCUGCAGCCCGGAGCCAAGUGGGUGCCCGAGAGCCCCGUGCCAGGGUCAGACCUGCAAGUAUGCAUCUCGAGAGGCUCUACGUGCUGCUCGAGGAAGAUGGAGGAGAAGUACCAGGCCGCGGCCCGUCAGAACAUGGAGCAGCUCCUGCAGUCGGCCAGCGCGGAGCUGAAGUUCCUCGUCAUUCAGAACGCCGCCCUCUUCCAAGAAGCCUUUGAAAUUGUAGUACGGCAUGCAAGAAACUUCACCAACGCCAUGUUUAGGAACCACUUCCAGAGCCUGGGGCCCAGAGCUCUUAAGUUUGUUGGAGAACUUUUUACUGAUGUCUCGCUGUACAUAUUGGGCUCGGACAUCAGCGUUAAUGACAUGAUAAAUGAAUUUUUUGACAGUUUAUUCCCCUUGGUCUACUCUCACUUGAUCAAUCCCGGCUCCCCUGAUCCCUCCGUAGAAAUGACUGAAUGCCUGCGGGCAGCCAGGAGAGACCUCAGGGUCUUUGGUAACUACCCUAAGAUGAUGAUGACGCAGGUGUCCAAGUCGCUGCAGGCCACGCGGGUCUUCCUGCAGGCGCUCAACCUCGGGAUCGAAGUGAUCAACACCACCGAUCACUUGAAGUUCAGCAAGGACUGCGGACGAGCGCUGCUGAAAAUGUGGUACUGUUCGCACUGCCAGGGGCUGCUCCUGGCCAAGCCGUGCGCCGGCUACUGCGGCGCCGUGAUGCACGGCUGCCUGGCAGGCGUCGUGGAGAUCGACAGCCACUGGCGGGAAUACAUCCGCUCCCUGGAGGGGCUGGCCAAAGGCAUGCGCGGCAUCUACGACAUGGAGCACGUCCUCCUCAACCUCUUCUCCCUGGUGCGGGACGCGGUGGUGCACGUGCAGAAGAACGAAGGAAAGCUCUCGACAACCCUCAGCCGCCUGUGCGGCCGCGCUCGGCAGAGGCGGCGCCGGUCAGCCCAUCGCCCCGGCGAGCCCCGCGGCGGCGAGAAGGUCCCGAAGGCGACUCGUGCGGAACAAGAAGAAACCCUCUCCGGCCGGAGGAGGGAACUCAUGACGAAGCUGAAGUCUCACGGCAGCUUCUACAGCAGCUUGCCGGAGUACGUCUGCAGCCACAGCUCUGCGGUGCAGAACGAAACCCUGUGCUGGAACGGGCAAGAAAUCGUGGAGAGGUACGGUCCCCAGAUCACGAGGAACGGCCCGAAAGCUCAGCCUGGCACCCACGAGGUGAAGAUGAAAGGUCCUGAGCCAGUCGUCAGCCAGAUUAUUGACAAGCUGAAACACAUCAACCAGCUGCUGAAAGGGAUGGCUUUGCCACGCCGAAAAGCUCCGGGCAAAACCGCGGAGGAGGAGGAGGAAGAGGAGGAGGCGAGCGGCGACUGUGACGAUGAAGACGACUGUGGCGGGGGCUCCGGAGGAGGAGAGCUGCGAGUCAGGAACCAGCUGCGGUUCUUAGCAGAACUGGCGUAUGACCUGGAUAUCGACGACGCCUCCACAAACCAGCAGCUUCUGAAUCAGCAAAGCAAAGACAGUGCCAUGGUUCCCAGCAGCGACUCCGGCAGCCCGGCCCUGUGCCCAAGCCCUGCUACUGCCGUUGUCCUGGCCAUGCUGCAGAUGCUGAGCCAUGGGCUGUGACCAGCAGCAAAUGUGCUCAUUGAUCAGCAUCUUUUCAUGCCUUUUUUUUUUUUAAUGAGGAAAAUGUCCUGAACCGCUCUUGAAAUAUAUGCACAUUUCCAAAGACAAGGCAAAUGACU